AUGAUCGGACUCCCGCGGCUUUGGGUCCGCCAGUUGGGCUACCUAUGCGUGUUUUUUGUACUAGCAGUGGUGCUUCUUAUUGUAGCCAACUCACAACAGAUCAUCAAGAUCCAGGACUAUAUUCCACUGAGCCUUACACCAACUUUCUUCCAGCCUGCUGCCGACCACUAUAUAAUCGAUAUCGUAAUCCGUAAUUGCUAUGGCUACAAAUCAAAGCUUCCAGGUUGUGGAAAACCCGUAGACAGUGAAGGUGAAUUGGGCUACCUCGGAAUGUACGGUGAAUGGACCAAAGUCGACAAAGACUUGUCACUUGGCUCUGGAUGGGUCAAACAACAAUACCUCUCGUAUAAGAUGUUGAAAGCGGACGUUCUGGAUACCGAACUCAACAAGGUUGCUGGAAAAGAUGCCACAUCGACUAUCAACAGAAGGGUAAUUCUUGAUCUCACUGUAGCAAACCCUAGCAAAGAUGCGAAGAUCAAGGGCAACGAGAGGUCCAAGUAUCCAGCCAAAAUUAUAAAGGAGUACAACUCAAACAAAGUAGCUGGUGAGCUGGAUAUCGAAUUCUUAAAAGAACAGGGCAAGAAAGAACACGGUGCUGUGACAGAAGCACUCACAGUAGACAAGGAUAAAGCUGCCAGCCGUAAGAUCAGCGAACUAAAUGCAAAGCUCCACAAAGAGAGCCAAAGGAAACAACAGGGUGAUAAACCAACUAAGGAAUUCGAAGAAGAUAUCAGCCCGCAAGACCCUGAAGCUGGUUCAAAAGAGGUUCAUGCUGAAGCAAAUCCGGAAGACGAACUAAAGGCAGCGGAAGCAAAAGCUGAAAAGAAACUCGAAAAGGAAGAGAUAGAAAAAGAAGAAAAAGAGCAAAAGAAACAGAGCGAGGAGGCACAGAAAGCACAGAAAGAACAGUUUGAACAGGAGCAAACUCAGAAAGAAAAACAGGAACAAAAUGAAAAGAGAGUGCUAAACAAGCCACUUGACAAGAGAGUUGUAGAAGAAAGUAGACAUGGACUUAAUAGUGUGGUCUACAUUCCAAGUAAGGAAGACGUAAAGAACAGUGGCUGGGUAGAAAAGUCAAAUGGAAUUUGGGUGAAAUACGGUGCUCCUAGACACAACGCUGUCACAGCGAUUGAUAUUCUCUUUGGUGAAGAUGCUGUGGAACCUCGGCCCAACUGGGAAUUGGUAGAUAGUCCUUUGACGGGGACAGCUACACAGUCAGACUUGCCAGCAUAUUUGACCUAUAGAAAGGGCCCCAAAGCAGACUAUAGAAUCAAGGAAUACCAACCAGUUCUCAAGGUCAAUAAGAAUGGCAAGUUCAAGAUUUUGCAAGUUGCCGACUUGCACUUCUCCACUGGAUAUGGUAAAUGCCGCGAUCCCUCUCCAGCUCUGACUACAAAGGGUUGUCAAGCCGAUCCAAGAACGUUGAAGUUCUUAGGUAGGGUUUUAGAUAUUGAAAAACCAGAUUUCGUUAUAUUGACUGGAGAUCAGAUAUUUGGCGAUGCGGCACCAGAUGCUGAAACCGCAGUUUUCAAGGCAUUGUACCCGUUCAUAAAGAGAAAGAUACCGUAUGCGGUGACAAUGGGGAACCAUGAUGACGAAGGAUCGUUGUCCCGUAAUGAGAUCAUGAGUCUUUCGGCUAAUUUACCAUUUUCUAAGGCAGAACUAGGACCAGAAGAUAUUCAAGGUGUAGGCAAUUACUAUUUGACAGUGGAGGGUCCAGCUUCACACAAUCCAGCGUUGUCGUUGUAUUUCUUGGAUACACAUAAGUAUUCGAGUAAUCCUAAGAUCACACCAGGCUACGACUGGAUUAAAGAGAAUCAGUUGAAGUGGCUAGAGGCAACCGCAGCUAGUUUGAAGAAGUCCAUAGCAGCAUACACCCAUAUUCACUUGUCUAUGGCAUUCUUCCACAUCCCAUUACCAGAAUAUAGAAAUCUCAAGCAGCCAUUCAUUGGUGAAAACCGAGAGGGAGUGACUGCUCCUAGAUAUAAUUCUAAUGCUAGAUCUGUACUAAGCGAUAUUGGCGUGAAAGUUGUCAGUGUUGGCCAUGACCAUUGCAACGACUACUGUUUACAAGACUUCCAGAAAAAGGAUGGAGUCACCGAGUCGAAGAUGUGGCUCUGUUAUGGUGGAGGUUCAGGAGAGGGUGGUUACGGCGGAUAUGGAGGAUAUAUCAGGAGACUUAGAGUUUUCGACAUCGAUACCCAGAACGGAGAAAUCAAGACAUGGAAAAGAGCGGAAAACGACCCUGACAAGGAAAUUGACCGCCAGACCAUAGUUCAAGGUGGAGAGGUUGUCAACUUUGCAUAA